ACACACACAAACACACACACACACACACACACACACACACACAGGACUCCCCUCCACUUUGAGGUGUCCCAUUUCCCAACUACAUCUGGUUCUCAUGUCUGAGGCAGGAUGCGGCCUCAGUCACAGCUGUGCAAUAACAAUGCCGUACAAAGCUACUGGCCCUUGGUUGCCCUUCAACCAAAGCUUUGAGAUCCCAGAAUCUCUCCUCUGGAAACACGCAUGAAUCAUUAGAGGUUGAAAGGCUACACUAGUCCACAGUCAGCAGAUAGAGGUACUUCUAAACUAAAGGUAGGAAAGUUAUGGAGCCUCCCGCAGGUCUCUCGCUGACUCACGGAAAGACCAAAGGCUUUUUUUGUCAUGUGAUUUUAUUGGGGGAAAGCAGGGGUGAUGAAAAGAGAGGAGGAGAGAGUGAGAGAGCUGAGGAGAAAGUGGAGUCAGGGAGACAGAGAGAGUGAAGGACUACAGUGACAAAGGAAACGGGAGGCAGGGAAGAAAGCACGCCAAAGGGGAGAGAGUUUGUCGAGAUAAAGAGCCAGAGAGAGAGAGAGAGAGUGAGAGAAACAGACAGGCAAGAGAGAGAGAGGGAGAGUGGAAAACAGAUUUACAGACAGAGCGCAAGAGACAGAGAUAGGGAAGGAGUGAAAGAGAGAGGAGAGUGGAGUCAGGUUCAGCCAAGGGUGCUCAUUGGUCUGUGUGUGGGAGAUUCCCGGAGGUAGCUGAGGGAGUUAUCUGGAAGAAAGUUCUCCUCGGAUUACCGCUUGCCAACAGUCGGACGGAUUAGGCAUGAUGUGGCUGACUGUGUUCACCCUGCUCCUUUCCCCUCACCUCCCUGCCUCUCUCAAUAUCUCCACAGAACGCACAGACACAGAGAGCCGAACCAGUCUGAACCAAUCUGAAGCGGACACGGAUGAAUUUUCUGAAACGCUGGUGAAGAACCACAAGGCCCCGGCAGGAGGCAGGGGUCGGGAGGGCUGCUCUGUCCCCUGUGACAUCACAGCCAAGCUGCUUCGAGAGGAAAAGCAUUCGCUCUGUGGUCACCUGCAGCAGUCUCUGGUAACUUACGCGAGGAGCACCAGGAAACUGAUCCGAGAUGUCAUGGAGGAGCAGCAGAGAACCUUGGAGUUCCUAACCAGCCAGGUGACAGAGCUGAUGACCAAGGUGCAGACCCUCAGCUCAGAGGUCCAGAGGAGCAACAGUGAGAUGUACUCCAUCAAGCCUGUCCCGUCUCACGGGAGAGACUGCAGUGACAUUAAAGACAGCCUGGGACCUGUGGUUCCCAAGAUCCCCAGCGGAAUCUACAUCAUCCAGCCAGAGAACACGGAAACUGCCUUCGAGGUGUUCUGUGAGAUGGACUACAUGGGGGGCGGAUGGACAGUGAUGCAGAGAAGGACAGACGGACUGACGGACUUCAAGCGACCCUGGGCAGACUACGCUGACGGGUUCGGACACCUUCCAGGAGAGCACUGGCUGGGCCUGAGGAAGGCGUUCCACAUCGUUAACCAGAAGGAUGCUCGGUUCCAGCUUCACAUUGCCCUGGUCUCUUACGACGAAACCACCUCCUACGCAUCUUACGACGACUUCCGCUUGGACAACGAGACGCAGUUCUACAGCAUACACCUGGGACGCUACGCAGGAAGUGCAGGCGACGCGUUCCGCGGCUACGACCAGGAGCAGAACCAGGACACGGCCCCGUUCAGCACGUCGGACGUGGACAACGACGGCUGCUUCCCGUUCUGCGCCAUCGGCAACGAGACGGUGGAGAGCUGCAGCGCUCAGCACCAGCACACGGGCUGGUGGUUCAACCAGUGUGGCCUGGCCAACCUCAACAGCUCCCCCCAGGACGACCCCGGCCGGGGCGCGGAGCAGGCGGCCCACAUCCACUGGGACACGUGGACGCGGAGCGGAGUGCCCCACAACAUCCGCUCGGUCACCAUGAAGAUCCGGAGAAUCACCACAAACAACUGAACGAGGGAGGACGGAAGGAAGGAGGGAGGGAGAGAGAGAGCGAGAGGAGGAAGAGAGGGAGGACGUAGUGGACUAGUGUUCGUAGUUUGUUGUCAGCUAAGCUUAGAGCUAAGAUAAAUGGAACCAUGUUUCUCGUUUUUCGGUGAUAACAAUAAAACAAUCUGA